AUGGACGCAAAGAUUCUAAUUGUCGAAGAUGAACGUGAUAUUGUAGAUUUACUGUGUUACAAUCUACAGCAAGCAGGUUUUGAAACGGAUUACGUCCGGAACGGUGCAGAUGCCCUCCAUCGGGCUGUCGAAAAGCCGCCGGACCUCAUUUUGUUAGACUUGAUGCUUCCAGAGGUGGACGGACUUAUCGUCUGCCGUUUACUAAAGAACGACCCAAGGACUAAAAAUAUUCCGAUCGUGAUGGUAACCGCGAAGGUCGAAGAGCGUGACCGGGUGGCGGGGUUGGAACUCGGGGCAGACGAUUACAUCACAAAACCCUUUAGUCCAAGAGAAGUUGUACUCCGGGUAUCCGCUGUGCUACGCCGGAUCCAAGCCGGCAAACAAGCGGAAAGUACCAAGCAGAUUGAAACGCACGGACUCACAAUCAAUCUCGACAAACAUCAAGUCUUGACUGAAAACGGUUCAAUUGAUCUCACAGCGACCGAAUUCAAACUCAUUACGUUAUUCGCACGUUCGCCAGGACGCGUCUUUACCCGCGAUAUUCUAAUGGAGGUGAUAUGGGGACAGGAGUAUUACGGCAUCGAUAGGACAGUGGAUACGCAUGUCAGCCGCCUUCGCCGUAAACUUGGGGAAUUUGGUAAGCAUAUUGAGACAGUGCAUGGGGUUGGGUAUCGGUUCAAGGAAGCCAGUUGA